ACAACGGUGAGUGGGACAUCAUCCAUCGGCCGGCCAAGAGAAACACCUUCAAGCACAUUCCCAAGGAGAGCAACAAGCACCAGGACAUCACCUUCUACCUGAUCAUCAAACGUAAACCUCUCUUCUACAUCGUCAACAUCAUCAUCCCCUGUGUGCUCAUCUCCUUCCUGGCCUCGCUCGUCUACUACCUGCCCGCUGACAGUGGAGAGAAGAUGACCUUGUCCAUCUCGGUGCUGCUGGCUCAGUCCGUCUUCCUGCUGCUGAUCUCUCAACGGCUGCCAGAGACCUCCCUGUCUGUUCCACUGAUUGUCAA